ACGUACCUACGUAAUUAAGUGAUCAUGCCGGAAGUAGAAGUUAAAGAGGCCGAGCGUUUCAUGGUGGAGAGUCUGGUGGCAGCAGGAGCGCCCUUGACAGAAGCAAAGGCUCAUGCUGACUUACUUCUUCACGCGGAUACUGUUGGACAUUUCAGCCAUGGAUUAAAUAGGCUCGAGUUGUACAUAAACGACAUACAAUCUGGAGUAUGUAAUGGUAAUGCAAAGCCAGUCAUACUAAAGGAAACAGUAGCAACAGCUUGGGUCGAUGGAUGCGAAGGUCUCGGCGCAACGGUCGGUAACUUCUGCAUGAAUCUGGCAAUUGAGAAGGCUAGAGAAUGUGGCGUGGGAUGGGUCGCUGUUAAACGCUGUAAUCAUUAUGGUAUGGCUGGUUACUGGGCGUUGAAAGCAGAGAAAGAGGGCCUUAUUGGCAUGUCUUUCACGAACUCCGCAGCAAUUAUGGUGCCGACAAGAGCUAAAAAGAGUGCGAAUGGAACUAACCCAAUCGCGAUGGCUGCACCAGCGACUGGAGGUGAUUCCAUCGUCGUCGACAUGGCCACAACCACAGCUGCCAUGGGAAAGGUAGAAGUUCAAAUCUGUAAAGGAGAACCGAUACCAGAAGGUUGGGCCUUAGGACCCAAUGGCAAGACUACUACGGAUCCACAAGUGGCGUUUGAUACAGGUCGACUUCUGCCUUUGGGUGGCUUUGAAAAGACAAGUGGUUAUAAAGGAUUUGGUCUGAGUGCAAUGGUAGAAGUCUUCUGUAGUGGACUUUCUGGUUCCCGGGCUACUCACAACGUACCACUAUGGACUUACAACCAGACCGAAGCCCCAAACCUCGGUCAGUGCUUUGUGGCUAUCGACCCGGGAUGCUUCGCGCCCGGUUUUGAAGAGCGGAUAGCGGACUGUCUCCAGCAUUGGAGGAAUAUGGAGCCGGUUGAUCCUUCUCUCCCAGUAUUAGCUCCAGGUGAUAAAGAAAAGAAUAACGCUAAGGCCACAACAGCCAGAGGAACCAUAACUUAUCCUCAAGCUCAACUAGACUCUUACAAGCGAAUGGCAGAAAGUAUUGGUGUUCGACCAUUGGAAGUUUAUGUGCAGUAGUCCAAAUAAAAUAUAUAACAAA